UAUGCUUAACCAAUAAUUGACAAUGCCGCUUUUGUGAAAAAAAAAUCAUGACCCGAGUUAACCAAAUUUACACUUUGAAUUAGUGAUGGGCUCUUUCAAAACACUGCUCCAUGAAGCUUUGAAUCCUUAGUAAAUCUUUUCUUUUGAAUCAGUGGUUUGGAGCAUGUUUCUAACACUCAGCUAGCAGUCCCCAUACAAACGCUGAUCGGUGUUCCUUUAACACUGGGGUAUUUAUAGGUAACCUGCAUGAUAGUAAGUAAUAUUGCUUAACUGCUGUAAACUAUUUUCUAACAACUGCAUUUUAUGACACUAUUUAACACCCACCUUGCCUUUCUCCCUUUUCAUAAUCAUGUCAACUGGAAAACAAAGUGAAUUCAGUGGAUACGCUUAGCCUAAACCUAAGGAAGCUUUACAUUUUUGAUGACUUCAAACCAAUGAUAAACAAAUUGAACUUAGAUUUUGACACAAAGCAUCAGUCACUCACUGGUCAAAUAGAGAAGCUCACCACCAUCACUAAUGAACUGGAGUCCAUGCACAAGAACACUACAGUGGGCAGUUUGACAGGAGCAACAAUGGGAGCAGCUGGAGGAAUCACAUCUAUAGUGGGUCUGGCUUUGGCCCCGGUCACAUUAGGUGUUUCUUUAGGUCUUACUGCUGUUGGUGGUGUUCUUGGAGUAGCUGGAGGAGCAACAGGUGUAAUAUGCAACAGCAUUAAUAACAGCGAGCAGAAACGCCUGCGAGAGACUCUUGAGAAGAUCACCAGUGAUUUCCAGGACACAAUAAACGCAAUGCUUGAGAUUCUAAAUAAAAUAAUCAACAGCACAGAAGACAUACAACAGCUGGUGCAGCAGGAUAUGAAUGAUUAUAUACCAGCAAGGAUGAUGCAGGGAGGAAGAGAUAAAGUGAGAGGCAUUGCAGCCAUUUCAAGACUUCCUAAAGCUGAAAUGUCCCAGAAGAGUGAAGUGGCUAAAUACUUUAACAAUGCUGUAUUAUUGUCUAAACAGGCUAAAACAGCCUUCAAGUCUGUCAAAAAAAUUAGUUCAUCUUCAGAGACUGUCAGAAACAUCCAUAUGACAUCAAAGGUUGCCAAAUCCAUGCGUUUGUCUUCAGAGAACGUCAGAGUUGUCAGUGUGUCUGCAAAAACGGCAAAAGCUGUCCGUUCAGCAGCAGCGCUCAGUGGUGUAAUCUCAGCUCUGUUUGUUGCUGCUGAUGUUUACUGCAUUGUUAAAAAUUCAGUGGAGAUCUAUGAAAUGAAUCAUUCGGCAGACAAAAAAAUUGCUAAAAAAACCAAAUCAGAUGCUUUGAAAUUCAUUAAUCAGAUGAAAGAAACAGCUGGUCAUUUUGAGACGACUCUGAAAGAAAUUAAAGACGCUAAAGACACUGCUAUCAGAGAGUUUAAUACAGAGUUGGAAAAUGGCACUUCGGUCCUGGUUAGACAAAAGCACAGAGGCAACUAUAAUGAUCUUCUUAUAUUGAGCAUUGGUUUGAAUGUUUUUUUUAUUUUGUAUUUUUUAUUCUGUCAGCCUUAAGAGUAGCUCUUCACAAAUAAACCACUUAAUCUUGGUUAUAUUUUGUUGCUGUUGUUCUGUUAUACAUGUUACUAUAGUGUAAUGUAAUUCAGUCUGCACUGUGAAGUGAACUGUCAUUAUUUUUCUUUACUUGUGGAUCCAAUAUACUGUAUAAUUAUCAAAAAAUAAAAUAA